GUACUUUAUUUAUUUAUCAAAAUUCGCACAUUAUAAUCGUUGCGAUUCAGUCCAAAAAACACUCAUUACCAUUAUUACGUAAGUUGUUAUUACCUUUGUUUUUAAAAACAAUCUAAAACCAAUGCUUCCGUACUCUUCGUUCUCAUUCCCGCAUUUCAUUGAGGGAAGGUUGGUUCGACUGAGUUACUACUUACUCUGAGCCCGGCAUUGGUCGAGCGUAGUUCGAAUUCGAAUAAGGAAGCCGGUGUUGGCCGUUGGGUGCGAGUUUUCAGUGGUGAGCGCCUGUGGUGCUUGUUAAUUUUUAGCGUAUAAAUAUAUUGUUUGAAAUUAUGGCACGAGACGAUAUCUACUACUCUCCUAAGUAUUACGAUGAUACCUAUGAAUACAGGCAUGUCGUCUUACCAAAAGAAUUGGUCAAAUUAGUCCCAAGAACUCACCUGAUGUCGGAAGCAGAGUGGCGUCGAAUUGGUGUACAGCAAAGCGAAGGUUGGGUACAUUAUAUGACCCAUCAACCAGACUUAACUUCUGAUUCAUUUAAGACAGUUACUUCAGUUAGAAGUGAAGCUUUUAUUGCAAGUCAUCGAAUUCCUGGAGAUUGUUUUUCUUUAAUGGUAAACAUCAAA